AUGUUCAAUACUUACGGACCUUCGCCGGCACGCCCAAGCAGCCUGAAGCGCCCCUCGCCUUCGAAGCCGAGUGGCCAGCAAGCGGCGGCCGUAGAGAAGGCGCCCGGACCCAAGAAACGGAUGAAGAAGCCGCCCGUGCCAUCCUUCAUGUUCCAGCCGCCAGCGCCGCCCACCUUGGCCGAGGCGAAGGCCCCGGCAGCACAAGAAGUCGAGGUCUUUGUCACACUGGCCGGACGUUCGGGCAAAGGUGGCUCCGUCACGAAGCCGACGAGCAUCGAAGAGCUGGAGCGCAUGGUGCCAGUGUCCUUUGUGCCGGACGUGGUCCCCGAGCCCUUUGCCGACCACCUACUGCGCGCCUUCUUAGAGGAGGCAGGGAGCACGGAGCACUUGCGCUGGCGCAGGUAA